CAUGCGCACAUGCGUCAGUAGGCUCGCGCUGCUGCCGGCCUGUCUUUGCAGCCGCGGGCGGCGGCACCAUGGGGCGCGCGUGAGGCCGAGGGGGAUCGAGCCCCCGGUUUGUGAAAUGGAGGUCUUCAGCAUAUUUCCAGGAUUCCUGCUGCUAUACUGGCCUAUACUCUGAUCCUGGUGUGAUGGACAGGUAACAGAAGAUUGUUCCACUUUGCUGUCAGAGAACCAGAAUGACCGAGUGCUUCCUGCCUCCUACCAGCAGCCCCAGUGAACACCGCAGGGUAGAGCAUAGUGGAGGUCUUGCUCGUACCCCAAGCUCUGAAGAAAUCAGCCCAACAAAAUUUCCUGGAUUGUACCGAACUGGUGAGCCUUCACCACCUCAUGACAGCCUCCAUGAGCCUCCCGAUAUAGUGUCUGAUGAUGAGAAAGAGCAUGGCAAGAAAAAAGGAAAAUUUAAGAAAAAAGAGAAAAGAACGGAAGGCUAUGCUGCUUUUCAAGAGGACAGCUCUGGUGAUGAAGCUGAAAGUCCUUCUAAACUGAAGCGGUCCAAGGGAAUUCAUGUCUUCAAGAAGCCCAGCUUUUCCAAAAAGAAGGAAAAGGAUUUUAAAAUAAAAGAGAAACCCAAAGAUGAAAAACAUAAAGAUGACAAACACAAGGAAGAAAAACAUAAAGAGAAGAAGUCAAAAGACUUAACAGCAGCAGAUGUUGUAAAACAGUGGAAGGAAAAGAAAAAAAAGAAAAAGCCAACUCAGGAGGCAGAGAUACCUCAGCAAGAUGUUCCAAGUCAUAGACCUGUGUUUGGGAUUCCUUUGGCUGACGCAGUAGACAGGACCAUGAUGUAUGAUGGCAUCCGCCUGCCAGCAGUUUUCCGUGAAUGUAUAGAUUAUGUAGAGAAGUAUGGAAUGAAAUGUGAAGGCAUCUACAGAGUUUCAGGAAUAAAGUCAAAGGUGGAUGAGCUGAAAGCAGCCUAUGAUCGAGAAGAAUGUCCCAACCUGGAGGAAUAUGAGCCCAAUACUGUAGCCAGCUUGCUGAAACAGUAUCUGCGUGAACUGCCAGAAAAUUUGCUUACCAAAGAACUGAUGCCCCGUUUUGAAGAUGCUUGCGGAAAGAGCAAUGAGGCUGAGAAAGUUCAGGAGUGCCAGCGGUUGCUGAAGGAGCUGCCUGAGUGUAACCACCUCCUGAUUUCUUGGUUAAUAGUGCAUAUGGACCAUGUUAUUGCAAAGGAACUAGAAACAAAAAUGAACAUCCAGAACAUUUCUAUAGUGCUCAGCCCUACUGUCCAGAUCAGCAACCGUGUCCUGUAUGUAUUUUUUACACGUGUCCAAGAGUUCUUUGGGAAUGUGACUCUAAAGCAGGUGACGAAACCCCUUCGCUGGUCUAAUAUGGCAACAAUGCCAGCUCUGCCAGAAACACAAGAAAGCAUUAAAGAGGAAAUCAGGCGCCAGGAGUUUCUUCUGAACUGUUUACACCGAGACUUGCAGGCAGGGAUAAAAGACUUAUCCAAAGAAGAGAGAUUAUGGGAGGUGCAAAGAAUUUUAACAGCCCUCAAAAGGAAACUAAGAGAAGCUAAGAGACAGGAGUGUGAGACUAAGAUUGCUCAAGAAAUUGCCAGCCUUUCUAAAGAGGAUGUUUCUAAAGAAGAAAUGAAUGAAAAUGAAGAAGUUAUUAAUAUUUUACUUGCGCAGGAGAAUGAGAUCUUGACAGAACAAGAAGAGCUACUGGCAAUGGAGCAGUUUUUACGCAGACAGAUUGCCUCUGAGAAGGAAGAGAUAGACCGCCUCCGAGCAGAAAUAGCAGAAAUUCAAAGUCGCCAGCAGCAUGGUCGAAGUGAAACCGAGGAAUAUUCUUCUGAGAGUGAAAGUGAGAGCGAAGAUGAGGAGGAGCUGCAGAUAAUCUUGGAAGAUUUGCAAAGGCAAAACGAAGAGUUAGAGAUAAAGAACAACCACCUGAACCAGGCGAUUCAUGAGGAACGAGAGGCCAUCAUUGAACUGCGGGUGCAGCUCCGGCUGCUCCAGAUGCAGCGAGCAAAGGCUGAGCAGCAGGUGCAGGAAGAUGAAGAGUCAGAUAAGCGUGGAGGGGGUUCUCAGCAGCAAAGAGACAGUGUCCUGGAGACAAAAGCAGCUAAAGAGCAGCCAAAGGCAGUCAAGGAGCAAGUCAAGCCAUCGCCAAGCAAAGACAGGAAGGAAACUCCCAUCUGAUCCUCCUCGGGGAUUCAGAGAAUCAACUGGACUGAGCAAGGACUGUGCAACUUACUGUAAUUCUGAAGCUACAACUGCACAAAUGGAUAAUG